AUGUGGAAAAAGAAGCAAAAGAGCAAUCCGGCUCCUCGGCCACCGGAAGGCACCCCAGGCUCCACACCCGAAAUCACCGCCAAACGGGCAGACUCCGCUUUCCCAUCCGAACCCGAUUCCUCGGCCCCUCUCCCGGCCCAUGGCACCGAUUCCAUCCCAGAAGCCGCCGGCAUCGCCACGGGCCUAGGCCUGAACCUCGCCCUCCCAUCAAACACCCCACCACCACCAUCCUUCCCGACCCAGGACACAUGCCUAGCGCACCUCCGCCUCCUAACAGCCUUCAACCGCCUCAAGACGGAGACGGGGUACCGCGAUGGCCUCUGGAAUAUAUGGGAUGUGCGCGCCGACAACAAUACCCGCGAUGGUGACAGCAACGGCAACAACAACAACCCAGAAAACAAUCACAAUAACCCACGAAUCUCUUCGCGCAGGAUGUGUGAUGCGCCAGGCGACGUUUACCGAGAAGAUGUGCAAGCGCGGGACAUCAUGGCGAAACUUUUGAACAAGUACGCCCGCUUCGUUGAGAUUAUCGCCAUUGCCUCGUCUACAGAGGACAAAGGCUCCGUUCCGACACUUGAUGUCGACCUGGCAUGGCACACGCACCAGCUCUCUCCCCAGUCCUACUUCGACUUCCCACUCGCAAAGACGGGGACGUUUCUAGAUCACAAUGAUAAAGUCGACGAGGACAAGCUGAGCACGGCCUUUGAGUGGACAAGUAAGACAUACCAGGAAAAGCACGGCGAGAUCUACUCGGAAUGCAAGUGCUGGUACUGCGAAAUUCUCGAAGCAUGGCAUGCAGCCUCCAAGGUCAACAAUGUGCCCAUGCCGCCAGCCGCCGAGUCUGCGCAUGUCUCAUCGCAUCCGGCUGUGCACACCAACGAGACGACAGCGCAGCGAACAGCAACACGUCCCUUACGCCUCGAGUACAGGAACACACUAGAAGCAACGCAUUCAAAGGCGCGCAAGAGGGCAAGCGAGACAUUCAAGGCGGACUCUGGGAAGCGCAUGGGGCCUCGCGGUGAAGAUAAGACGUCAUUCUGGGGUAAAGAUGUCGCCGUGGACGGUCCUUGGGCAUCGGUCUUGGCCGCCGUCACGACGAGUUCCAUGUAUCCCGUUGGGCCAGGCUUCGCCAACAUGGGGCCCGGGGUUGUAGGCAGCUGCGCAACGGGAACGUGUGGAGGAGCUACUGGUUGCGGCUCCGAGUUGCUGGGCAUGUGCUCGGCAGGGUGUGUCGGGAGUGCCUGGUUUGGCGGAAAGGCCGGAUGUACAGGUAUGGGCGAAGGCGGGUUUGACAUCUGA